AUGAGCCGCGGAACCCUACCCUCACUCCAGUAUCUGGCCAUGCAGAGCCUGCUGAGCAACCAGGCUCUGGCCAUCUCUGCCCUGGAGGAUCUACCGGUGUUGCUGUUCCCUUCGCUGUUCGUGGAGGUCUAUGCCAGGGCCCACACAGAGAUGCUGAAGGCCCUGGUGCAGGCCUGGCCCUUCUCCUGCCUCCCCCUGGGGGACCUGGAAGAGUCUCCGGACCUGGAAACCUUCAAGGCUGUCCUGGAUGGGCUCGAUCUGCUACUGGCCAAGAGGGAGCGCCCCAGUCGGUGGAAACUGCAAGUCCUCGACCUGCGGAAUGACCACCCCAACUUCUGGAUACAGGGCUACCCUUCAAUGGCCCAAAUCUCUUAUCCAGAUGUCCUGACUGACAGGCCAACAGAGAGCUGUGGUUCAAUGAUGACUGAAGAGCAGCCCUUGAUUUUACUCAUGGACUUGACCAUCAAAGAUGGCGCCCAGGAUGCUCUCCAAGGCCACCUGCUCCAGUGGGCCAGGGAGAGGCAAGAACAAGUCCAGCUGUGCUCCAGGAAGCUGCGGAUUCUGUCUGGCUCCAUCUAUAAAAUCCAGAAGGCUCUGCGUGUGGUGAGACUGGACUCCAUCCAGGAGCUGGUGGUGAGUAAAUUCCCAUGUCAAGAACUUCUGAAAACAUUUGCCCCUUACCUGGGCCACAUGAAGAACCUUCACAUCCUCAACUUCUCCAAGAUGUGUGGCAGCUUCUUCACUUCCAGCUCCAGGAAUGGCUGGUGUUCCUGCAAAUUUGGGGCACAGCUGGGGCAGCUACAGCAUCUGCAGGAGCUUUAUGUACACGAUGUCUGCUUCCACUAUGAACAGCUGCCCUCCAUCCUCAGAACGCUGAAGUCCUUAAAGACCUUGUCUCUGAGUUCAUGUCUGCUGAGCGAAGCUCACCUGAGGUUCCUGUUCCAGUGUCCCUGCACCAAGCAGCUCAAGCACCUGCGUCUGAAGCUGUCCACGGUCUGCUUCAGUCUUGAGACCCUGCUAGACCUGCUGCAUGGAGUGGCCGGCACCCUGGAGACCCUGGCCCUGGAGGACUUAGCCUUCACGGAUGUCCAGCUCUCGCCCAUGCUGCCCGCCCUGAGCCAGUGUUCCCAGCUCAGGUUCUUCAGCUUCUAUGGAAACCACAUCUCCAUGGCCGCCCUGGAGAUCCUCCUGAGCCACAUGGCCCAGAUGGGCCAUUUGAGACGAGGGCUCUAUCCUGCCCCUCUGGAGAGCUACUACCCUCAAAAUCAGUGGCCAUGGGACAUCCACCCAGAGAGAUUUGCCCAGGUUCUUGCUGUCUUGGCACAGACUUUGAAGGACAUGGGAGCAAGCCACAAAGUCCAGAUCUGUACCAAAUUCAGUCAUUACCUGAACAAGUACCGAUUCUAUACCCUGGAGCCAAAUGGCUCCUGGCUGCUCACAGAAGAGCAUCUUUCUGGCCUUUCUACUCUCUCUUUGUAG